CGCUGCUACAAGCGAACCAUUUUAAGCUAGUCAGUCAGUCUUGCGAACCGGUGUAGACGAGUCGGAGAUCGUCCGUGGUGGAGAAAUGCUUCUCCAAGGAAUUUUAAGCAACAAAAAAGUGCUGACCGCAUGUGCGAUUGCGGUGGUGAUUACGAUUUGUGCAAUCGUCGUACCGAUCGUGGUGGUAAAUUCUUAUGAUGAUGCGCCAAAGAAAACCUUUGCUGGCCGUGAGGUGCUAGAUGAAGUUCCCCUGAUCGAUGGUCACAACGAUCUACCGUUCAGCAUUUACCUGGUAGAGAGUAACGUCCUAAAGCGUUUCAAUUUGGAUUCCAACCUAAAGGAGGACACCGUAUGGUCAACCGUCGAUCGUAGCCACACGGAUCUGCCCCGAUUGCGCCAGGGUAAGCUCGGUGCCCAGUUUUGGGUGGCUUACGUGCGUUGCGUCGACACACAGUACAAGGAUGCGGUCGCCAGGACGCUCGAGCAGAUCGACGUCACCAAGCGGCUGAUCCGCAAGUAUCCGUCCGAUCUGAAGUACGUCGAUACGGCUGACGGUAUCAUGGAAGCGUACCGCGAGGGGAAGAUCGCUUCACUGAUUGCCGUCGAAGGUGGACACUCGAUCGAUUCCCGGUUGGCAGUGUUGCGGUUGUACUACGAGCUCGGUGUGCGAUAACUGACUCUUACCCACUCCUGUAACCUUCCGUGGGCUGAUGCAUCGCCGGUGGACGAUCCGGAUACUACACCACAGCCGUCUCCAUCGCAAUUGACCAACCUUUCUCCCUGGGGACGUAAUGUUGUGCUGGAGAUGAACCGAUUGGGCAUGAUGAUCGACAUUUCGCACGUUAGCUACGGUGUGAUGCGUGAUGUGCUGCAGUACAGCCGUGCUCCGGUCAUCUUCAGUCACUCAUCGGCACACGGUGUAUUCGGACAUCAUCGGAACGUACAGGAUGACAUUCUGGUAUCGUUGGCCACCAAGCGUGGUAUCGUGAUGGUCAACUUUUAUCCCCUGUUUGUCGGUGGAAACACGAUCGAUGACGUUGUCAAACAUUUAAACCAUAUCCGCUCGAUCACGGGAGUCGAUCACAUUGGUCUCGGUGGUGAUUACAACGGUGUAACGAGCACCCCGGAAGGGCUGGAGGACGUGUCCAAGUAUCCGGAUCUGUUCGAUAUCCUCGCCGAGGGCACGCUACGAUCCGGCGAAUCGUUUGAACCGUGGUCGAAGGACGAUUUGAAGAAACUUGCUGGACUAAACCUAAUACGAGUGUUCCGUGAAGUGGAACAAGUACGCGACGCACUCGUCGAAAUCGAUCCCUACGAGGAUCUUAUACCGUUCGAGGAGUUUGAACGCGCCGGCGUAACCGUGCAGCCUUGCAGAACUGACCUCGAUAUGCUAAAGAACAAGACAUCGUGGCUGUUUGGAGCGUUGCUGCUUUCAGUCUGUCUGACCUUAACAGCAUCCAUUCCGCUAACGGCUGAAGGUGACGCAGCUGCAGCCAAGAGGAGCGAAUUGCCCGGCCGCUCCGUACUCGAUGAAGUGCCACUAAUUGAUGGCCACAAUGAUUUGCCUUGGAAUCUGUACAACUUUGAGCGCAAUCGCAUCAACCAGUUCGAGCUGAACAGCGAUCUCAAGCAACAUCCCGUCUGGGGACCAUCCACCAGUAGCCACACGGACAUUCCCCGGCUCCAGGCAGGCAAAGUUGGUGCCCAGUUCUGGGUCGCUUACGUGAGCUGUGGCAAUCAGUACAGGGAUGCGGUCGAACGCACGCUCGAGCAGAUCGAUGUGAUCAAACGGUUGGUGCGGAAGUACCCCCAGUACCUGAAGUACGUCACCUCAACCCAAGGUAUUAUGGAAGCGUUCCGAGAGGGGAAAGUUGGAUCACUGAUCGCGGUCGAGGGUGGCCAUUCGAUGGACUCCCGGUUGGCGGUACUGCGGAUGUAUUACGAGCUGGGCGUCCGGUACAUGACACUGACGCACUCGUGCAACACACCUUGGGCGGACGCUUCACCUAUCGAUGCGGUGGUGAAUGCGGUGAAGCGCAACGUUAGCAGCUGGGGACGGAACGUGAUCGGAGAGAUGAACCGGUUGGGCAUGCUGAUCGAUCUGUCGCACGUGAGCCACGGGGUGAUGCUGGACGCACUGGAGUACACGAAGGCACCGGUCAUCUUCAGUCACUCGUCGUCGCAUGCCAUCUUUCAGCAUCAUCGGAACGUGCAGGAUGAUGUGCUGAAGAUGUUGGUACAGAACAAUGGGAUCAUCAUGGUGAACUUUUAUACCGGGUUCAUUGGUGGUAGCUCCAUCGAUAAUGUGAUUGCGCAUCUUAACUACAUCAAGAGCAUCACUGGACCAAACCACAUUGGGCUCGGUAGUGACUUUGAUGGUGUUGACUCAGUUCCCGUGGGUUUAGAUGAUGUGUCCAAGUUCCCUGAUCUGUUUGAUAUGCUGGGCGAAGGAAGGUUCCGGAAUGGAUCCACGUAUGAGCCGUGGACCCAUGAUGAGCUGAGGAAACUGGCUGGGGAGAACUUGUUGCGGGUGUUUGGAGAUGUUGAACGGGUGCGCGAUAGUAUGGUCGAUGUGGAGCCGUACGAGGACCUCAUUCCUUAUCAGGAGUUUGUCGAUGCCGGAGUGGCGGAUCAGCCUUGCAUGAGUGAUAUGGAUAUUCACAAGCAGUGAAAUGAAGAAACGAAAUAGAAAGAAUAUGAGAUCCUAGAAAACAAUAUUCUGGGGUAAAGAGAA